AUGUCGACAAUGGACGCUCAGGAUGAGCUGGAGGAGGCGGUGAGCCGAAUCUACGGCGAGUGGCUUGCGCGAGGCGGCGGCCGCUCCGGCUCUCGGACUCGGGGCGCGGAGGGGGAACAGGCGGCGGGCGGAAGGCGGAAGGAGCGGGGCGGGAGCGGGGGAGAGGGGCUGCGACUGCUACGGGAACGCCACGUGCGAUUCCUGUUGAAAGGAUUGGACCACCUCUCGAGCAGCUAUGCCAGCCUGGAUGCCAGUCGGCCAUGGCUGGUGUUUUGGAUCGUGCACUCCCUCGCCCUCCUCGAGCAUCCUCUUGACGCCUCUCUUGCUGCUCGGUGCGCCGACACGCUGCGUCGCUGCCAGCAUCCAGAGGGCGGCUUUGGAGGCGGGCCUGGGCAGCUGGCGCAUCUGGCCACCACGUAUGCAGCUGUGGCAGCGCUGGUAACGGUGGGAGGGGAGGAGGCUCUCUCAGUGGUCAACAGGAAAACGAUGCUUGCCUUUCUGCGUCGCAUGAAGUGCCAGUCAGGAGGUUUCAGGCUGCACCAAGGGGGGGAAACGGACGUGAGGGGGUGUUAUACUGCAAUGGCGGUGGCUCAUCUGCUCUGCAUCCGCACGCCUGACCUCACAGAGAACGUGGCAGCAUACGUGCACAGGUGUCAGACUUAUGAAGGGGGCAUUGGGGGAGAGCCCGGCGCAGAGGCACAUGGGGGUUACACAUUCUGUGGGCUCGCUGCGGUGCUAUUGGCUGGCGCUGACCCUUGGGAGCAUCUCAACCUGCCGCUGCUCCUGGACUGGCUGGUGUUUCGGCAAGGCAGUGUGGAGGGGGGGUUUCAGGGGCGUAGCAACAAGCUGGUGGACGCCUGCUACAGCCUCUGGCAGGGCGGCCUCUUCCCGCUCCUCGCCCUCUGCUCCCCCCCCCGCCUCCCCAAUGGCGAUGCCAGCUCAGCACAGCAGCCAAACAACGUGAGCUUGUCGCCACGUUCGGACCGUAUAGCAGGGGAUCAGCAAGCCGUGCAGGCAGGUAGCGGCGAGGGGAGGGGGGUUGCUGGUGAGUCCGGUGGUGUUGCUGGGGAUUCAGUGCAAGAAGGGAGGGGUGCUGAAGGCUGCUCCAGUGGAAGUGAAGGUGGUGGAGGCGAUCAGAGAGGAGGAGAUGGGGCUGAGGAUGAGGAGGCGGAUGAGGAUGAGAAUGAGGAGGAAGAUGAGGAGGAUGAGUGGGAGGAAGCAGAUGUGGAUUCGUUUCACCGUGUUCCCUUGGCGCCUGCUGCUGACCUCUUCCCUUGCCCCGAGUCUCUGCUACCGCCUGCUGGAGCUGGGGAGGGAGGCGAGAGGACGGGAGGAAAGAGGGGGGGAGGAGAGGAGAGCGGGGGAGAGGGUGAGGAGGGGAGGGAAGGGGCGGCAGAUGCAGUGGGAGGGGAGUCAGGCGACAGGGCCACUGCACGUGGUGGGCGUGACUGUGUUGGCAGCUUCUGUUACAGCGACGUGGCCCUACAGGCAUACCUGCUGCUCUGCUGCCAGGUGCCAGAGGGGGGACUGAGGGACAAGCCAGGCAAGGCACGGGACUACUACCACACCUGCUACGCCCUCAGCGGUCUCACUGCGGCCCAGCACUCCCAUCCAGUGACCUUACCCCACACCCAUGCUCCCCAGCAAGCUGCGGCUAGCGUGGUGCAGGGAGUGGGGGGAAGUGUCUCGGCGCGCAGCAGCCUCCGCAGCAGCAAGAGCGCGUGCAUGCGCGGGCUUCCCUCAAGCGGGCGCCUCCUGAUUGCCACGCUCACCCGCUCGAUACAGUCACAUCGGGCUCAGUCACCCUGCGCCCCGCACUCUUCUUUGCUCCAAAGCGCGCCGAAAGUUGUGUGGGCGUUGUUUCCGGGAGGUGCAUUGGGAUCUCCGCGCGCACUGGGAGCAGCGCGCGUAUCGGAACUCGGGCGCCAAGUGAUAUCUGCGCGCGGGCUGACUUCCGCGCAAGCGGCCCCACGAAUGGGGGAUAAGCGCAAAGCGAACGGGGAAGGGGAGGCGGAGAACAAGAAGUCAAAGGCGGCGGUAGCGGGGGAAGAAGGAUCCGCAGGCGCAGGGGGGGCAGCGGGAGGGGGAGGCGAGGUCAUGGGGGGGCCCUCAGGGUUUAAGGUUUUGAAAGAGGGUGCAGCGGAGAUUUUAGUACAGGGUAACGACGUGUUCUAUAACAAGGCGCAGGUAGUUAAUCGCGACCUGUCCGUCUGCGUGCUCCGCGCGUUCGUCACGGUUCGGCGGGAGGAGGAGAAUCAGCGGGCCGCGGCUGUGGUGGCGGGAGUGAAGGGACGCGCGCUCCUGAAACACCCCAACGCGGACCUUGCGGCGAAAUCUGCGGCGGCUGCUGCGGCGAAGCUUAGAGGCGGGGAGAAAGGGGGAGGCGCGGAAAAAGGGGAAGGCGGGGAGAAAGGGGAAGUGGGGGAUCGGAAGGGGGAGGACAAAGAGGUGCUGGAGGGAGAGGGAAGAGCAGCGGAAGGGGCCGCAGGAGGCGAAGCAGGGGAGCGGAAGGAGAAGAGCGGAGAGGAGGGGGACGGCGCGGCUGCAAUGAUUGAGGGAGCGGAAGCGGGGGAGGGCCGCCAGCAGCAGCAGCAGCAGCAGCAGCAGCAGGCGAAGGUGGCUGAAGUGAAGCCUUUGAGAAUCCUAGAGGGCCUGGCAGCGUCAGGCCUGAGGUCGAUCCGGUAUGCCAAGGAGAUCCCGGGGGUGGGCACGGUGGUGGCGCUGGACAACGACCCCGUUGCCGUGCAGGCAUGCCAACGCAACGUGGCACACAACUUCGGUGGUGCACCACCACCUGCUGCCACCGCUAGUGAUGCUGCUGUGGCUGCUGAGGGGGAGGGAGGGGAGGGCAAGGAGGAGGGGAAGGGAGGGGAGGGUAAGCCGGCGAGUGAGGAGGGGAAGGGGGAGGGGGAGGCGGCAGUACCAGUGAGAGCGGAGCAAGGGGACGCGCGUGUGUACAUGAUAGUGCAUGAGAAGCAGUUUGAUGCGGUGGAUCUAGAUCCGUAUGGGACGCCGUCAGUCUUCCUGGAUGGGGCGGUGCAAGCAGUGGCGGAUGGGGGCAUGCUGCUGGUGACAGCCACUGACAUGGCCGUGCUGUGUGGCAACAACGCCGAGGUCUGCUACUCCAAGUACGGGGCCUAUCCACAUCGUGCCAAGUAUUGCCACGAGAUGGCAAUCCGCAUACUGCUCGCCUCCAUCGAGAGUGCGGCGAACCGGUUCAAGCGCCACAUAGUGCCCGUGCUGUCCGUGUCGGUUGACUUCUACAUCCGCGUGUUUGUGCGAGUCUUCACGUCAGCGCAGGCAGUAAAGGCGACACCCAGCAAGCUGGCAUACGUCUUCCAGUGCUCUGGCUGCGACUCCUACCACCUGCAGCCCGUGGGGAGGGUUGUUGAGGGGCGCUCUAAGAAACCAGACGCUCCCCCUCCUCCCCCAAGAUACCUCCCCGGCCUAGGCCCUGUAAUUCCCCCCGCAUGUGAGCACUGUGGGCGGCAUCUGAGCAUUGGAGGGCCCAUGUGGUCGGCGCCCAUCCAUGAUGCCAGCUGGGUUCGGCUGGUUCUGGGGGAGGUGCAAGCGGGGAAGGCGAGGCUGGCUGGAUUCGGCAAGGUGCACGGGCUGCUGACUGCCGUGUCUGAGGAACUACAUGACAUCCCGCUGUACCUCGAUCUGCAUGAGAUGAGCGCCACGCUCAAGUGCACGCCGCCCAGCAUGCUGCUCUUCCGCUCCGCGCUCGUCAACGCAGGGCACCGCGUGUCAGGAGCGCACUCCAACCCGCUUGGCAUCAAGACGGACGCCCCCCUCGGGCUCGUCUGGGACGUCAUGCGCUGCUGGAUCCGAGACCAUCCGGUGAAGUCCCAAGGGGAGGGCAGCCCAGCUGACACAAUUCUGGCCAAGCCGCCCACCACUGAGGUCAACUUUGCAAAAGCGCCCAAGGCUUUGAGUAAGGCUCAGCAGAAGGGGGUGGCUCGAUUUGUGCCCAACCCAGAGGCAUACUGGGGCCCUAAGCCGCGUGCUGGGAGGAAGGAUGCCAUUGCCAUGGCUGUGUUAGCCCGGGAAGAAGAGGCGGGGCAGGCAGAUGGGAAAGGGGAUGAGGCGACUGAGUGA